CUGCAGCAUGUCAGUCAGGGAAUGUAGUCGAAAGCGGACUCUGACUCAAUGUGCACAUGAGCAUCACUUAACUCAGAUUCACCUAUUGCAUUUUGUCCAAUAUUUUCUUAAGAGCUUGAGCUUAAAGAGUUUUUUUUUUAAAAAAAAGAGAUUAAAGAUGUUCUUAAGAGCUUAAAGAGGUUUUUUUUAAGAAGCCUAUUUUGUACAUUGUUCAUUUCUUCUUGUCACGCUCCAUAGCCGUACGCUGUACAGUUUUACUGCUGAUGCCACAAAAGUAACACAUGUUGUAAAAAAUAACUCCAUGGUAUUGACUCAGGCUUCAGAGAAGAUUGAAUCUUGUUUCUCGAUAGUCACAGCUGGCUGGUGUAUUUUAUUUAAAACCAGGAACAGGGGACAUCACUAAAUGAUGACAACAUGCUGGAUUGGACCUGUACUCUGUACUCCUUUCAGGUUCAGAUGCAUUAAUUAGACCGGUGAUAAACUUGGCACAGGUUGCGUCACAGCAUUAUCUGUGGUACAGAGAGUGCGCCACGUUGAUCUCCUCCUUCCUGCACUCCUGAGAGAGAGAGAGAGAGAGAGAGAGAUAGUGUUGUGUGUUAAGUGUGAACAUCAUUGAGCAAGUGGAGAAUUUGUGCUGUUAGAAAGAGACGCUGCAGUACUGUAUCCCUUUGCUUUACUAUAACACACAUUCUCUGAGAGAAGAUGCUUACCGACGUGAUCGUAGAGGAGGAAUUCGAGAUUAAAGAGGAACAACAGUGGUAUGACCACCGAGAUCUGGAGCAAGGUAAAACAGCUUAAAAUUUGUCUUUCUACCAUUAUUUGAGAGAAAUAAUGCAGAGAGCAAAUGGUAUCUAAUAGCCAUUUUCUUGUACAUUAGCCUAACUAUUAAAUAAUAUUUUAAUGUUAUUAUUUUGAGAGAACAAUAUGUUUUUAACAAAACUCUAAGCUCUGUGACGGAAACCAGGUUUUCUUGCUGUGUCAGUUCCCACAGCGGACAGAUUGCACCACAUCCUGUGACAAGUCCAUUUUCACAACACAUGAAAGACAUCUGAGGAGAAGCUAAAUCACUGAAUAGCCAAGUGCCAUGAAAAUAAGUUCCACAAAGUACUGAAGUACUUAAACACAUGAUCAAGCAGUGUUCGAUGUGAAGUUAACACAACGACUUGAACAUCUUCAUUUGGCUGCUGAGCUGGGCAAAACCCUCCUGGAGAGGAAUCAUGAAUUGGAGGAGGGCCUGCAGCAGAUGUAUAACACUAACCAAGAGCAGCUACAGGAAAUCGAGCAUCUAUCGAAGCAGGUGGAAAUGCUCAGGUCGGUGAAUGAUCAGCAUGCUAAAGUCUAUGAGCAGCUAGAUGCCACUGCACGAGACUUGGAACAGAGAAACCGAAGACUCUCUUUGGAAAACCGUUCAGCUCAGCUUAAUAUCGAGGGGCUUACCGAGACUAUAAACGUGCUGCAGGGUCAGGUGGAGGAGCUGCAGAGGGAAAUUGAGAACUUGACACCAGAUCUUCAGGAGCCAUCAUCUAUCAACCAAUCAGACAAGAAUCCACCCAGUGAGCAUUCUGAAUGUGCGAGCACGCCCUCUCUAGAGGAAGAUGACUGGGAAGAGGAAGAGCACAAAGCCCUUUUGCAUUCACUGCAGGCCCAGCUGAAUUUAGAGCGAAACCUUAGAGAGACUGCUGAGCAGGAGGCCGAGGCUUUGGCCCGAGAGAUCGGUGAGCUGGAGCCACGUGCGUCUCUGUUGGAAGGCUAUAAGACACGUCUGGCUGAGGUGGAGGCUGAGGUUGAGGAGCUACGGCAGCUGACUCGUUCUGGUUCAGCUUUACGCAUGCUACCAGGCGCACUGUUCUUCCCUUCAGAAGAGGAAGUGGGUGAGAUGUGGGAGACGAAGCAGGUGCAGAAGUGCUGCAACACCGAGAGACAGGUGCUGGAAGCUGGCACUAAGGAUGAGGACAUGAGAAAUGAAGAACACACUGAUGGACGUUUAGAGAUAGUCAAGAGCCACGGCAUGUCCCUGCUAAACGAGGUGGACGAUCAGUACAACGCCUUACAGAGGAAGUACAAUGCACUCCUGCGCCGCUGUGAAGAUGGGUCACGGUCACAGUGUGACAAAGCCGUCCAGACAUCCACAACCAAACAGAGCGUGCCGGACUGCACUCAGCUGCCUGAAUAUAAAACACUUUUCAAUGAGAUUUUCACUAAUAUCCAAAAUAGCAAAAAGGACUUAGAGAUGAACAGGACAAAGUUAAAUGUAGUUUCACCUUCCCAAGACUGUUAGAUUUGUCCUCUACAGGAAUUCCCAAAUCUCCCAGCAGGCAUAAUAAGGCCGUGAGGAGACUGAAUUAAGUGGAAUCACGAAGGAAUAAGGUUUAUUAUAGGAUAGCACAGCCAAGCUUGAGCUUCAUAUCUCAUAUUUUAUUGCAGAUAUUGACCUAACUAUAGACCUGAAAUGAUUAUUUAAGUGUUUAAGUGCUGCACAUGCCAACUUGUGGUCUUUUUGUAUCAUUUUUGCUCAUUAGUAUAUGUACUGGUGAUAUUUUAGUCGUGCUGCUACAAAAAUGUUUAUAGAAAAAGAGUUGGAGUUAAACUUUGACUUUGAAUUUAAAAAAUAAAACCUUUGUUUAGAUUGUACAUGU